UGACGUAUUUUUCUCCGGUAACCUUAACAACAAAAAUGUUGGCAGUUUGGAGAAAGUAAAGGGCUCAUGAACACUCGCAAUGCACUUCUUUCCUCUUUACAGCUGCACGCAGUCCAUAAACUGCUUCAAGAUGAACAUGCUCGCUAAGGUGCCAUCCUGCUACGGAUAUGUGAUAUUAACUUACCUGUAUAGCUGGAUUAUGCUGCAAUAUUUGGCAGCAAAGGUUGUCGGGGCCAGGAAGAAAUACCAAGUGAAGUAUCCCGCAAUGUACAGCGACAAGGACCAAAUGUUCAACUGCAUCCAGAGAGCCCACCAGAACACAUUGGAGGUGUACCCACUGUGGCUCGUUUUCCAAACAAUUGCAGCCUUUGUGUAUCCGUUAUCUGCAUCUGUGCUGGGUGCUAUUUGGGUGACCAGUAGGUUCUUCUAUGCAUGGGGAUACUACACUGGAGAUCCAGGCAAGCGGAUGAAUGGUGCCUUUGGCUACAUUGGAUAUUUUGGAGUGAUCCUUAUGUCCAUAUACAUUUCUUUGCAAUUGCUUGGAGUCUUUUAAGAUGGUUUUCAACCCAUGGCUCAUUGCUGGCAAACAUCAAAAAUAAACUCUCCAUAGAUGAAUGCUAAUUUCAGCAUAUAUUUUAUAUUUUGGUAAUUUGACAUUAAGGUUUGUUUAUAUUGUUUAAUUUAAAAAAAUACAUCAUGUAGCCAAUGAUUAUCAGAAAAAGAAAGAGAUUACUUAAUUUUGGUCUCAUAGAGUGUUAGUGGUGAAAAGGCCAAGUAAUUGGGGUUGAUGGCUUCAUGUGACUUGCACAUGAUGCUUAAUAAGUCACAAAUCUUGCUCUGAAGACACAGUUCUUAUUAAAUAUGGAAGAAAAUGUUA